AUGGUCGGUCGCCUCCCCCGCGUCGACUACCGCGCCAGGCUGCGCUCCGUGUGCCGGGCGUGGCGCGCCGCGGCGCGCGUCCACGGGCGGCCGCCACUCCCGCUGCUCGUGCUCUCCGACUUAUCCUUCUCCGCCUUCUGCGCCGACGGGGCUAUGACGGGCGUGCGACGCAUCCCCCUGCCCUCGUGGGAGAUGGCGGCUGGCGUCCGCUGCGCGGGCUCCUUUGAUGGGUGGCUCGUCGGCGUGCAGCUCAACAAAGGUCGCCACUUUGGUGACGGCCGUAAAUCUCUCCCCAUCGCCAACAGCUCUGGUGCAGUGCAAUGCACGGUCAAUGGCGCCCAGCAUGUGAUGUCGUUCUGCAAGGUAGUCUUGUCCUCCUCACCUGACCGUGAUUGCAAGUGCAUUGUGGCUGCCGUCUCCGUGCACAGGAGCACAGCUGGCCUUGCCCUCUGGUGGCCUGGGAUGACGUCGUGGUGCGUGUGCCAAGGUGGCUGCAUCAAUAAGUUCAGUGACAUUGCCUUGUACCAGGGAAAGGUCUACAUGUUUAGCAAGGUCACCACGGACCUCUUUGUCUUUGACAUCUCAGAAGACGACAGUGGCCUGAUGGUUUCUGGUGUCGAGCGCUGUGUGACUCAACUGCCUGAGGUCAAGGAUAGCUAUGGACAGAGGUGGAACAUAGUUGAGUGGCAUGGGAAACUAUUGCUGGUUGUGAUAUACUUGGGACCUGAAGGCUGGCACAAUAUUUGUAAGAUUGGGGUAUUUGAGGUGGACUUGAGCACAAACCCUUUCAGAUUCACUGAGAUCGACAGCUUGGAUGGCGACUGCAUCUUCAUCAGCUCCUGCAGCAGCAAAUCAUUCCGUGCAUGUCUGUAUGACGGAGUCGAAGAUGAUCUUAUCUACUUCAUUGAUGGUGGCCUCAACCACUCUAGAAAUGCGUCUCCUUUUGAUAAAUUUGUGUACAACAUGAGGGAUGGUACAUUGGCACCAUUUGCUGUGGAAAUAGCAGACGACAACCUUCGGGCACCAGAUGGCAGCCUGAUGAAUCCAACAUGGUUCUUUCCUUCUGAAUGA